AUGCCGAUUACCAGAAGAAAAAAGGCUGCGAAGUGUUCCGAUGAAAAAGAAAAUGUGGAAAGUACAACAGAAAUAACCUUCUUAAUGGACAGCUCAGAGAUGAAGAGUAUUGAUGGUUUAGCUGCGAAGGAAAGCAGGCAUGGCACUUUAACAAGCAACGAUAUAAUACACAACCUGGAGAGCAACACAAAUUUGGAUCAAAACAGCGUGGAUAGAAGGAGUGUAAACGAACAGAAUAUUGCUAAUGGCGCGGAUGACGUGGUAGAUAUACCAACAAACAUGGAUGAAGAUUUCAUCCUUAAUAAUUCCCUGGAGUAUUUAAGCAAGAUUGUUAGACGGCAUCCUGACCUGUACUUCAAGUGUUGGAACAACAUAAAACAAAACAAUGACCAGGCUAAGUUUGAAAAACUAUCAAAUUUAGCUCUUUUGUCCAAAAUUGAUGAGAAUAAAGUGUUUGAGCACACAACAGACCCGUCAGAAACGGUAAGAUAUAUUGCAACGUUCAUCUCAGUUCGAAUUUUUAUGUACAAAAUGAAAACAAAUCACGAUUUUGACAUCAAUAUAGUACUGAACAGGCUCAAGGAUGUUUAUUAUCCAACACGUAUGGUUGUUAUACAGGAGCUUUUUUUAUUUUAUGAAAAAUUUGGCACGUUAGUGAUCGAUAAAUUGCUGUUAGCGCUCCAUGACAGCAAAGACGAAGUCCGUGUUGAAGCGCUAAGAACGUUAAGAAAAUUGUACAAAAAAUAUACCAUAGAGAUUGAUUUUGUGGAUAUUAUCAAGAAGCUUGCCAGGGAGGCAAUAUCGUGCAGCACGCGCUCGGCAGCCGCAGAUUUUCUCUACGACGUGUUCAGCGCUGAAGACAGGGAGGAUGAAUUGCUUGGCAUCCUGGGCAGUUGUCAUCCGAACAGGAUAAGGAAUGUGAUCCAGAAGAUUAAGAAACAGGGCAAGAAUAUCUACGAUGUUUACCACCUCUUGUACAACAAGUCAGGAGUUGAGGUUUUUCGGAAUAUCGAAAUCAGAAAAAGAGGAUUGGAAACAUACCUGGAUCAUGUAAUUGAUAGAAUAAGACGUAGCGUGCCGUGUUGUAGGAAAGGCAACUGCCACUUACUCAUAUUAAACAUGUAUCGACACACCAAUCUUGAAAAAGUUUACGCCUUGCUUUCGGUCGUAAAGGAUAGCAGAACAAGCAUCGAAAUUAUUGUGCAAAUGCUUGAGCGCAUCAAAAACGAGGUGUAUGUAAAUUCAAACUGCACUACUAAAGUGCUCGACAGGCUGUACGAGUACGGUCAAAUUUACAGACUGAACUAUUUCAAUCUCCUCAAAAAAUUAGAGACUGAUUAUCAAUCGUAUGUAAACGAAAUCGUGAAAAAAAUUGAGCACGAAGACUUGAUAAAAUACUUCGAUGUGGAGCCGCUCAACAAUGCAGGAGUAAUUUACAAGGCUUUAUGGCACAUAAAUUCGGACCAGGUUGACCAGGUAAGGACACUUGUCUUCAGCGACAGGAAUGAUGAUAGUUUUGAUGAGCUGUCUGAGCUUGUUCGUUUUGUACAUUCAAAAAUGGAUGAAUUGAGUAGGAAUAUAAGUACCGAUGAUGUACAGGACAUGAUGCACGCUUUUGAGUUCAUUUAUACACAGUCGAUUGCCUAUUUAAGCACAAAAAUUGAUCAAUUUCCACGAGAUGGCAGCUUUUACAACAAUCUAACCAAGUUCAUCUGCACUGGCGUUUUUAAGGAUAAGGCUGGUAUAAUAUUCCGGUCAGCAAAACAUUAUCGGUCUUUGAUGAUCAAAUGCAAAGAUAUUAGCCUGCUCAUCGAGCUCUUCACCGACUUUCUGCGCAAUGAGAAAAACAUAAAAACAAAAUGCUUAGAAAAAAUGGCAAAAACAUUCAAGCAGCGGCUAAGGAACUAUCCAUCAACUGAGCUAUUCCUAACUUUAAAAAGAUUUGUGAGCGUUGGUGUUAACAUGAGUAAUUUUAUACCGCUCAUAGACAUUUUAAGCCUGGAUGAGCGCAUUGUAUUGGAAAACGUAGCCAGUGGCAAGUUCAAGGACAAAUUGAAGGAAACAUGUGUUGAAAGUCUGAACACCGAGAGUAAAUGAACCAAUGAUGUAGUUUUACCAGAUACUCGUUUGAUUAUCUGCUGAUGAGGUUUGUUAAAUAAAUUAGCGUUCCAGCUGGUG